AUGGGCGAAAUUCCAGAACAAUUGUAUGCCAAUCUUGGCGAUUCCGGGUUGAAGGUUUCGAAGGUGAUUGUGGGAUGCAUGUCCUUUGGUUCGAAAAAAUGGCUUGAUUGGGUGCUUGAAGAUGAAGACAAGGUGAUGGAGAUCUUAAAAAAGUGUUACGACAGUGGAAUUAGGACAUUUGACACGGCAGAUAUCUACUCCAAUGGUAUUUCUGAGAUACUGCUUGGAAAGUUCUUGAAGAAAUACGAGAUCCCUAGAGAUAAGGUGGUGAUCCUAUCCAAGUGUUUCGGGUAUGUCGACAAGGACUUUCAGUACAAGUCGUUCCAGUAUCCAAAGUUUGAGUCUUACAAUCGGUCGGGGCUUUCCAGAAAGCACAUUAUCGAUGCUGUUCAGGCCAGUGUGGAGAGGUUGGGAACUUAUAUGGACGUCCUCCAGAUUCACAGAUUCGAUCCGGAUACCCCACAAGAGGAAACAAUGCGGGCCUUAAAUUACGUCGUUGAGCAGGGCUGGACCAGAUAUAUUGGGGCUUCUUCUAUGAAGUGCUACCAAUUCGCAACGUUUCAAUUUAUCGCUGAGACGCAUGGCUGGGCCAAGUUCAUUUGUAUGCAAAACUACUACAAUCUGAUUUACAGAGAAGAGGAAAGGGAAAUGAUUCCGUACUGCAAGAAGACUGGUGUUGGUAUCAUUCCAUGGAGUCCUAUUGCCAUGGGUCUUUUGGCAAGACCUCUCGGUCUUGAUCAGCAAUCGAAUAGAGGCAAGUCUUUGGCCAAGAAUGUCGAUUCGUUAAGUGCUAAAGAUAAGGAGCUGAUUGGAAAGGUGGAGGCUCUGGCAAAAAAAUAUGACGUUGCAAUGGCAACGGUUUCAAUAGCCUGGGUUUUGGCUAAGGGCUGUUUUCCAAUUAUUGGUUUGAGUAAACCCGAAAGGGUUGAUGAUGCGUUGGCAGCGAUUUCUUUCCAGCUGACAUCUGAGGAGAUUGAGGAUCUGGAAAGUUCGUACGAAGCCAAGGAUAUGCAGCAGCUUGCAUAG